AUGCGCGCCGACAAUUUACCAUACUGUCCCAAGGACGGGGACGACGGCCGAGAAUAUGUGAUGCCCUCGGAAGACAAGGAUCUCAUCGUCCAGCUGGUCCUGUCUCUUCUGAUCGGCGUAUCAGCCUUUGUCGCGUUCUGCAUAAUGCGACCACGAUGGCCGGAGCUAUAUGCUGCCCGUAAACGACGACUCGAGCCCCAUAUUCUCCUCCCCGAGAUGCCCAACACUUUCCUUGGAUGGAUUCCGAAGCUGUACAAGGUCAGCGAGGAGCAGGUUUUGGCCACCGCUGGUCUCGAUGCUUUUGUGUUCCUCAACUUCUUCAAAAUGGCCAUCCGACUAUUUGCGAUUAUGGCCUUCUUUGCGACUGCUGUUAUGUGGCCUAUCAACUCACAGUUCCGCGAUUUCACGUUCCCGUUCGGCAAUCACUCGUCUGAUACGACACAUCUCUUUUAUCGAUCGGAAGAGAUGUCCCUCGAGAGCGAUAUUGCGUUCCAGAUUUUGAGCAAGGGGGAUGGAGUCAAGGCUGACAAAGGAGACCAUCCAUUUUGGUGGUCAUACGUUAUCUUCACCUAUUUCUUCGUUGGCUUGACCAUAUAUUUCAUCAACUGGGAAACGUUCCGGGUCGUCAAGCUCAGACAGAAAUAUCUGGGAACGCAGUCGACCAUAACCGAUCGAACCUUUCGUCUGACAGGAAUACCCUCCGACUUGAGAGACGAAAACGAAAUCAAGGAUCUGAUUGAGAAUCUUGACAUUGGGCGGGUCGAUUGUGUCACGAUAUGCCGAGAUUGGAAGGAAAUUGAUGAUUUGAUGGACGCAAGGAAUACUUGCCUACGAAGUUUGGAAAGCUCAUGGGCCAAAUAUUUGAAGAUACAACAGACUGCCUCGAAAGGAAACCAUACCCUUCUGCGUCGUGGUGCCGAUUCCCCUGGAUCUUCCCCCGAUGAGGAGGAUGAGGAAGCUGGAGAGAACGGCCGACUCCUCGAAAACAACUUGGAUCAGCCUGAUAAUGGUUCACGACCACAGAUUACUCUUCGAUACGGUCCGUUCGGAAUGCGAACUCGCCAAGUCGAUGCGAUUGAUUAUUAUGAGGAGAAGCUGCGUCGCUUGGAUGGCAGAAUUGUACAGGUCCGGAAGAAGGACUUCAAACCUACCGAUAUGGCUCUGGUGACGAUGGACUCUGUGGCCGCUUGUCAGAUGGUGAUUCAAGCCAGGAUCGAUCCCCGGCCAGGCCGACUCUUGACUAAGGCAACACCCUCACCAUCAGACCUCGUGUGGAGAAAUACCUAUGCUCUACGCGGAAUCCGACGUCUCAAAUCUUGGACCAUUACCAUUUUCAUUACCUUCCUCACCCUGGUUUGGAUUUUCCCGACUGCUUCCCUUGCGUCCCUGAUGAGCAUGUGCACCAUCUCGCGUCUUCUACCUGCGUUUGCUCUUUGGUUGGACGACCAUGAUAUCAUUCAUUCGCUUCUUCAGACGGGCGUUCCUACCCUCGUGGUAUCGUUACUUAACGUUGCUGUCCCAUACUUGUACGAUUGGCUAUCCAACUGCCAAGGGAUGAUCUCGCAGAGUGACAUUGAGCUCUCCCUCAUCUCUAAAAACUUCUUCUUCACCUUUUUCAACACCUUUUUCAUCUUUACCCUUGUUACAACUGCCCUCGAUUUCUGGUCAAUUAUUGCCGAACUGCAAGACUUCCUCAAGGACACCAGUAAAAUUGCCAUUACCCUUGCCCAAUUCAUCGAGAAGAUGUCGCCCUUCUACACUAGCUUCAUCAUGCUGCAGGGCAUAGGUCUGAUGCCGUUUCGCAUUCUCGAAAUGGGCAGCGUCUUUCUUCACCCCAUCUUCAGGUUCAUGUCGGCAACCCCAAGAGAUUAUGCGGCACUCAAGAAGCCGCCAAUGUUUCAAUAUGGAUACUUUCUGCCUACGGCGCUGUUAGUUUUCAACCUCUGUCUGAUCUACAGCGUUGUGCAAUUUGGCUUCAUUAUUCUCAUUGUGGGAACUAUUUACUUUUCUCUCGGAUACAUGACUUUCAAGUACAUGGUUCUUUAUGCCAUGGAUCAGCCACAGCACGCUACUGGCGGCGCGUGGAGAAUGAUAUGCUACCGUAUCAUGGUCGGCCUGUUGGUGUUUGAGACUGUCAUGUUUGGCCAGGUUGCGUCCCACAGUGCAUACAUCAAGUCACUCUUUAUCGUUCCGCUGUUCCCCUUUACAAUUUGGUAUAGCUAUUAUUACAAGCGACGCUUCGAGCCUCUUACGAGGUACAUUGCGCUGCGGGCGAUCCAAUCUGCAGAAGAGGUCUCAGAGGAGGACGAGACUGCCGUGAUAGACGACGAGGAAGGUGAUGAAGAGGCGACCAUUCCCCGGCCGUCUAGGAGUGUCCUCCGUCGAGGAAGCACCCUUGAUGAAGUUAAGGAACGGGAUUUGGCGUUUAUCAACCCAAGUCUCGUCACCCCAUUGGAGCGACCUUGGAUCUAUGAAGAUCCACCGCCACCGAUUGAAGAAGAAAGCCUGGAAACGGACGAAGACCAGCCUUCUUUGAUCGUACCCAGCACAGAUUCGUCUCUCGGAAUCGGUGAGGCGAAUGUUUGGAGACAGAAUACCGACAGCUCUUUUUGA